CCUGAUCAGUGAAUUCUAUUUGCGAGAGCGAACUUAAAGAAAAUCUACUCUUAUUUUAUUUUCAGUUUAUUGUUCUAUUUCAAAACAAGACGUAGAGUUGUGCGGUUUAAUCCGGUGCCUCUGUGACCGACAGCACUUAAAUGCCACAUUUCAGUCGUUUCAAGUGUCAAUAUCUCCGAGGGUAUGUGAAGGCAUCCGAGAUGACGUCAUGGCUUCUCGCCGUUACCAUGGAAACGCAGCAACUAACUUUAACCGUUAGCUUAGCCGAGCCCCACGGACCAGAAUCCGUUAAAUAAAUAAUUCCUAAUUUCACGUUAUUCCGGAGAUGGACUCAGACCUCGAGGAUCAGGUCGUAAGUGGAGAGGAGGUCCAGGAGGAGCAGCUGGACUCCCAUGUUUCACCUCCUCUGGAGCUUCUCCCUCAGUCCUACAGGACCAACUCUCCUGACGAGGUUCGACUAUUGGCCAUCGCCGACAACUUCCAGCGUCAGUACUCACACUUGUGUCCCGACCGCAAACCUCUGCUGCUCUGCCCCGUCAACGAAUGUGGCGUCAAGAAGUUUGUGUCUACGAGUCUUCGGCCCACACCCACGACCCACUGUGAACUCUACACCUGGCAGGGCUGUGCUGCCUUCGUGGCUGACUUCCUGUCUCUGGAGCCUCUGGAGACGCCCACAGAGCUGCCCAGACACCUGUUCUCUUCCACCUCGGUGCUGCAGAACCAGAGAGGCUCCUGCGUUGAAUAUGCCGUCCUGCUGUGCAGCCUCCUGCUGGGAGCCAACUACGACGCCUACUGUGUCAGCGGAUACGCUGUCAAAGAGAUGUGUGAGGCCGACCAGAGCCUGCAGGACUGUCCCCUGCUGGACACUGAGGCCAAGAGUGUGACUUCACAGGAGAAAGAACAGGAGGUUGAGUUCAGAGUGAAGCCUCAGACGGAGCUGAAGAGUCGGUUUCUGAGCCGACAGGAGGAGAAGAAGCAGGAAGCUGAAGCUGCUUUGCUCCAGAAACAGAAACUACAGCAGGAGAGUGAGCAGCGACCUGCCGACGUCCUGCGGGGGCUCCGGGUUCACUGCUGGGUGCUGGUUCUGUCUGGGAGUCGCAGCGUCCAGGAGAACUUCUUCAUCGACCCCCUGACCGGGACCAGCUACGCCACCGGCUGCGACUACUUCCUGGGCAUCGAGAGCGUGUGGAACAACUUCAACUACUACGUUAACAUGCAGGACUGCAGGAAGGGCUGCACUGUGAGUCCGCGACAGCUCCAUGACAAGACGCGACACAAGACACAAGACAUGUUGACAAUGACAAUGAUGGGGCAAAAGGACAUGUUGUUUGACGUGGAAGAUUUAAAGACGUGGGAGCCGGUGUUGUACGGUGGAACCAGCAGGAAGCAGCUGAUUCUUUCCAUCCUGAAGAGAGAAGAGAGCAGGAUGAUGGCCAAAAUCACCGAGGAGGAGGAGGAGGAGGAGGACGAGGAGAAGCUCCGAGUGUUUGAGAUGCCGAGAUCCUGGGUCACUUACAUCAACAUCUCAGAGAAAGACCUGGAGAGGCGUUGGCCUGGAGGACAGAAGCUGACCCGCUACAGGAAAGCCGAGCUGGAGAAGUUCGCUCUGCGCGUGAGGCCCGACGGGCUGAUCACACGUCUGACCACGUUCACGGACCUGCAGCGCUCGGACGUGGCCGUGGUGAAGGAGUGGUUUCAGCACAGAAGUGACCACCUGGACACGAGGGAGGUCAACAGGACGGAGAACGUCACAGCAGAACGGUUCACGGCCGGACGGCGUUUCCACCUCCUGUUCCACAGGUUUAUGUCGCUGCCCGAUGGCUCUGAGCGGGAGGUGGAGUUCAGCCGAGCUCGUGUGGACGAUCUGGUGAAGAGGACGGUGUCUCCGGGGGAAAUGACGGAGACGUUCGCCGGCCGGAGAGACUUCCUCUACUACAGACACGUCUGCUUCAACCAACAGGCGAGAGACGAGGACGAGCGCGUCCUGAAAGUGGUGGAGCGUUUCCACAGGAACGAAUCCAAACCCGCCAACGAAGACGUGGCCCAGAGGGUUUUCCUGGUGCAGCAGGGACGGAUGGAGGUGACCUACCACCUGAUGGACUGUAGGUUCAUCCCCUCCAAGAGGAGCUUCAUCAAACCCAAGGAGUCGACCGGGACGAUCAAACCCGAACAGUUCACGCCUGAGCUGGUCUCCACCUUCCAGGUGGAUCCAUCGGAGAAGCCUCUGGGUUCUCUGGCUCUGUUCAACAUCCUGGAGGAUCUGAUGAAGGACGAGAGGACGGUGAUCGUCCAGAUCUUAGAGUCAGAGAAGGAGAUGUGCGACAUUGUGAGGUGCAGAGAGCAGGAGGAGGCGGAGGUGGAGCUGCAGAUUCCAGAGGAGGUUUCCAAGGCGCGCAGAGAGAUGCUGGAGAAGGAGCGUCUGGCUGCAGAGGAGAAGUCUCAGCAGGACAGGCUGAAGGUGGUGGACCCCCUGGCUCCCUACCUGGUCCACUACGGGGACGUAGCCGGUCUGAGUCCCGAGGAAACGCUGCAGCUCUACCACAUGUGUCUGUACGACUUUAAGGCCCGAAUAGUGGAGCAGCUGGACCUGCUGCAGGACCGAUGUGAAAAGGAGACUGAGGAGCUCAAGGAGAAGCAGCGCUGGUACGAGGAGAACCAGCGUCACCUGAGUGAAGAGCAGCAGGAACAACACCACAACUACUGCUCCGAGAAAACGCUGCAGAUAUCUGCCACGCACAAACGCCUCCACAUGCUGCAGCUUUCAGUCCCAGAGAAAUACUCUUCAUUUGAUCAGCAGCUGAGGAACGACCCCCGCAUCUCCCCCCACCUGGCCGGCUCCGACUGAAGCCCCGCCCCCUUCUACACCUUCAUCAUAUUACAGAUUCUAUCAGAACCCAAACACAAACCAAACCUUUGCUCUUUGCAUCCUUCACCUCUCUCCUGAACCAGUUGGUGUUGAUCCUCCUCUGGCUUUGGAGGAAGACGCCGGGUUGUGAUGACGUCACACUAACACUACAGAAAGUCCCUCACCAAGAACGGUCUUUGUGGACGCGUCUCCAGGUGGACGUCAGUCAGCUCCUGAUUCUCUGAACCGUCUCCACAGGACGUCCCUCAAACACCCUGUAGUCUCACCACACACAAACGAGACCCCGCGUCCUCAAACGGGGACGUCGCAGCUUAUUCUGCUUCAUUUACACCUGUUGUCCUCGUUUUGUCUGCCAUCUAGUGGUAGCCAAGGGUCUAUACACUUGUUUAUUUAUUCUUAUCAACUUUUC